GGGAAGAUGGCGGCAGGAGGCGGUGGGGGCGCGGGUCCGGGCGGGCGCUGGCUGCUGUGGCUGUGGCUGAGCGCCGCGCGGGGCCUGACGGAGGGCCUGUACUGCGGGCGGCGCGUCUGCUACGAGGUGCUGGGCGUCAGCCGGCAGGCCAGCAAGGCGGAGAUCGCCCGCGCUUACCGGCAGCUGGCCCGCAAGUACCACCCCGACCGUUACCGCGGGGAUCUGGGCUCGCCGGACGACGACGGCGGCGGCGGCGACGACCCACAGGCAGCCCACGAGAAGUUCCUCCUCAUCGCCACCGCCUAUGAGACCCUCAAGGAUGAAGAGACACGUAAAGAUUAUGACUACAUGCUGGAUCACCCAGAGGAGUAUUACAGGCAUUAUUACCACUACUACAGCAGGAGACUGGCACCUAAAGUGGAUGUCAGAUUAGUGAUUCUAGUUACGGUGUGUGCCAUCUCUGUGUUUCAGUUCUUCAGCUGGUGGAAUAGUUACAAUGAAGCUAUCAACUACCUAGCUACAGUGCCAAAAUACCGUAUACAAGCUACUGAGAUUGCCAGGCAGCAAGGUUUACUCAAUAAGACUAAAGAAAAAGGCAAGAACAGGCGGUCUAAAGAAGAAAUCCGUGAAGAAGAGGAAGAAAUCAUCAAAGACAUUAUAAAAAAUAAAAUAGAUAUAAAAGGUGGUUACCAGAAGCCCAAGAUAUACGACAUCCUUCUGUUUCAGAUUCUUCUUGCUCCUUUCUACUUGUGCAAAUACAUAGGUUGGUACUGUUGGUGGAUUUAUUGCUUCACUAUUAAAGGGCAAGAGUAUGGUGUGGAAGAGAAGCUGUAUAUCAUACGAAGGUACAUGAAAAUGUCCAAGUCUCAGUUUGACAGCCUAGAAGAACAUCAAAAAGAGACCUUCCUGGAACGGCAGCUGUGGAUACGAGAAAACUAUGAGGUCUAUAAACGAGAACAAGAGGAGGAGUUAAAGAAGAAGAUGGCCAUGGAUCCCCGAUGGAAGAGGUACCGGAGGUGGAUGAAGAAUGAAGGACCUGGAAGACUGACAUUCAUGGAUGAUUGAAAGUUGAACAAAAUGUGUAAUCAUGUUAGAAAGUGAUUUGCAGAACUUACCACUACAUCAUUCAAGAGUUUUGUCUGCUGUGACUCAGCAGUAAUCUAAAACUCAGGAAUUACAAAAUCAGGCCGAAAAAUAUUACAGGUUUACCAUUUUUAUAAUUCAGACAUAUUAAACAGGUUCAGCUUGAUGUAUAUAUGCCAUUUACUUGGGGAUCUGUGUGGAAUUCAGUAUUCCAAGCAAUGUAUUUUCUCAACGUUUCAUAUUCAUGAUCAGUGGAACCAUAACUCAAUAGUCUUUCUGAAAAUGUUUCUAGAUCAGUCCUUGAAAAUCUUAUUUUUCCUUUUUAAACUGAAGGGUUCCUGCAAGCAAUCACUGGAAAUCAUAUAUUCUGAAGCAAAAGCCAUUUUCUGUUUUCGUCUCUCUUCCGGCUACUUUUCAGUCUUAAUUUCUAAGAUGCCAAAUUGUUUUUUGAUGUAAACAAUAUGGGGAUUAUAGCAGAGUUUUUGUUAUUCCUAUUCCAGUUGGAAAUGAAUUUUAUUCUUUGUGGGAAUAAAUGAUGCAUGAUUGAUCAUCAC